UUGUGGUGGUGUGAAGUCUAAUUGGUGACAGGGAUGAUGGGUCGUCUUGACAGGAGAACAAAAGGCGCAGGGUGUUUGAUUCGCUUGUGAACUUUGCAGACCGUUAUUCAAUUCCUGCUUAAGUAUUAAUAAAGGCUUUACGCGCCAGGGGGAGGCUGCUAGGUGCAAGUGUGUGUGCUGUGUUUAUGCGGGUGUGUGUGUGUGCAGGAGCUAACUCACGGGCUGCUCAUUUUUCCUGGGAUGAUGAUUACCGGGGAACUGUUAAGACUUUGGUAACCGAUGAGCGUCUUAUGUCACUAAGCAAUAAGGGACCUUGAGGGAAAGAACAGGAGAGUUUUGAUGCAGAGACUCUGCAGCAGCACAGGAAGGAUGUCAUCACCCACGUGCACACUCUAACAAAGCAGAGGCUGACAGGAGAAUCCACCGUCACCACAGCCCACAUGGACCAGGCUCCUCGCCCUGCGACACAGUUUGAGGUGGACGUGGACCUGGGCUUCGCUCUCUUCUUCCUCGUCCUCCUCUGUUUCUUCCUGCUGGCGACGGUGGUGCGAUGUGCCCAAACGGUGGUGGAUCCUUAUGGCUCCAUCUCCACCUCCACCUACCAGGAGGAGCAGAUCACCUGAGGGGGAGCAGAGUGAAAUGACUCUGCAGGACGCUGUGGAAUCCAGAUUUGCUCAUGCACUCUUUUUGCGGUGUGUUUUCUGACCGUGCAGUUCUCAGUGGACAUGAUGUUUUUAUCUCUCACAGGAGUCAGGCCACUUAAGAACUAACAGGAAGCCAAUUUCCCUUUUAUAUCUCUUACUAUAUUAAUCUUUGUAAAGAAAUCCAGAUCUGUGAUGUAUGAAUGAUAUUUUUUCAGCACAACCUUUUCCAUCUGAAUGUGUCUGCUACUGAGAUGUUACAUGACAUUAAAUAUUCAUUGAAAAGACCCCACGGUGCAUUUCUGUUGCCUGUGGCUGGAUUCCUGACUGCAACCGGCCUAGAGCGUCAGGGACGUUAACCCAGUGCCUCUGUUUCAAAUGGCAAUGAUAAGAUCUAAAGUAUUUUUUUGCAAAGUCAAAGAGCUCAGUCAAAAGUGACGGUUUAAUAUUGCAUUUACUGCUGCAGGGGAGUAGAUUUGUAUAUAUGGACACUCAGACAGACUGAGUCUUGUUUACUUAUCUAUAUACCGACUUGUUUUAAGCCUGUUUGGUCUGUUUGUUUGCCAAAGGAUUGGAAUUGUGGACUUUACUGGGUGGCUCUUACUAUUCUGUGACUUUGUUCUGUAUCUUCUCUUAUUCUAUCUUUAGUUUUCAUUGUACAGAAGUUUUUUUCACACUGUAUAUAUUCAUUUUUAUUCCCUUCACAUUUUUCUAUAUUUUCCUUACGCUUAACUUUUAAUAUCCUUACACUUAAGUAUUGCAUGUUACUUAUUAUAACUUAAAGCUUACUACGCUUGAC